GAGCGACGACGUACGGCAGCGGCCGGGGCUGCGCAGCAGGGCCCGCGGCGGGGCGCGCCCGGAGCCCGGCAUGGCCCGGCAAUAGGCAGGGAGCGCUGCCCGCCCGCCUGCCGCUCCCCGUCCGUCCUAUGUGACCCGCCCCGGCGCCAAGAUGAAAGACGAUUUUGCAGAGGAGGAGGAGGUACAGUCCUUCGGCUACAAGAGGUUUGGUAUUCAGGAGGGGACUCAAUGUACCAAAUGCAAAAAUAACUGGGCACUGAAGUUUUCCAUCAUCUUAUUAUAUAUUUUAUGUGCCCUGUUAACAAUCACAGUAGCCAUUCUGGGAUACAAAGUUGUAGAGAAAAUGGACAAUGUGACAGGUGGCCUGGAAACGUCCCACAGAAGAUAUACAGAAAAGCUCACAGAAGUGGAGAGUGGGCUGAAGAAAUUAGAUGAUCAAGCUGGGCAAAAAGCCAUGGACACUAACACUGAACUGUCUAGCUUCAGAUCUGACAUUCUGGCUCUUCGUCAGCAGCUUCAUGACAUUGCAGAGAAAACUACCAGAAACAAAGAUACACUGGAGAAGCUGCAAGAGUCUGGAAAUGUAUUAGAUGAUAGACAGAGUCAAAUGAGAAGUGCCUUAGAUAGUAACUCUAUCAUGAUCAUCAGUGUUAAUAAGACUCUUCAGGCAUAUACUGGCUAUAUCAACAAUCUUCAACAAGACACAAGUAAUAUUCAAACAAACUUGCAAAACCAAGUGCAUUCUCAUAAUGUGGCCAUCAUGAACCUGAACAACUUGAACCUGACACAAAUGCAGCAGAGAAAUCUUAUCAGUGUCCUGCAGAAGUCAAUGGAAGAUACAAGCUUGGCUAUUCUAAGAAUCAAGAAUGACUUUCAAAAUCUGCAGCAGGUUGUCCUUCAAGCCCGGAAGGACACCGAUGGUCUUAAGGAGAAAGUACAAAAUUUGCAGACUUUGGCUGCCAACAAUUCAGCAUUGGCUAAAGCUAACAACGAUACACUUGAAGACAUGAACAAUCAGCUCAGCUCCUUCAGCGGGCAAAUGGAGAAUAUCACCACAAUUGCCCAAGCCAGUGAACAAAAUCUAAAGGAUCUCCAGGAACAACAUAAAGAAUAUGAAAACAGAACUUCUGCCAAAUUUAACCAGCUAGAAGAGAGGUUCCAGGUCUUCGAAACUGAUAUAGUCAAUAUCAUUAGCAACAUCAGCUACACUGCUCAUCAUCUACGAACACUGACUAGCAAUCUCAAUGAGGUCAGGACAACUUGUACAGACACCAUAAGUAAACAUUCAGAUGAGCUGAUUUUUCUGAACAGCACACUAGCCAAUAUUCGCUUAGACUCUGCAUCUCUCAAGGUGCAACAGGAUUUAAUGAGGUCAAGGUUAGAUGUUGAAGUUGCCAAUUUGUCAGUGAUCAUGGAAGAAAUGAAGCUGGUAGAUUCCAAACACGGCCAGCUCAUUAAGAACUUCACUAUCCUACAAGGCCCUCCUGGUCCAAGGGGACCUAAAGGUGACAGAGGCCCUCCAGGUCCUCUUGGCCCCACUGGCCUAAAAGGACAAAAAGGAGAGAAAGGAGAGCCUGGACCACCAGGACCUGCAGGUGAGAAGGGCCCACCUGGGCCAACCGGGCCACCAGGAGAAAAAGGAGGAAAAGGUUCUAGAGGAUCACCUGGCUCCAAAGGUCAGAGAGGCUCUCCGGGCAAGACGGGUCCACCUGGACCAAGUGGAGACCCAGGACCACCAGGUCCACAAGGCAAAGAUGGUCCACCUGGGCCACAAGGUCCACCAGGAUUUCAAGGGCUGCAAGGAACUGUGGGAGAACCAGGGGUACCAGGACCUCGAGGACUACCUGGGCUACCUGGAGUCCCUGGACUGCCUGGUCCAAAGGGCCCACCUGGGCCACCAGGGCCACCAGGUCCAGGGAUGCCAAUGGCUCUACAGAGUGAACCUACGUCAGUGCCCGAGGCUAAUGGUUGUUCUCCUCAUUGGAAGAACUAUACUGAAAAGUGCUACUACUUUUCAAUUGAAAGAGAAAUCUUUGAAGAGGCAAAGUCAUUCUGUGAAGAGAGGGCAUCACGCUUGGUUAUCAUAAACAACAAAGAGGAGCAGCAAUGGAUAAAAAGACAGAUUUUUGGAAAAGGCAGCUUCUGGAUUGGACUAACAGAUUCAGAGAAGGAAAAUGAAUGGAGAUGGCUGGACGGAUCCUUACCAGUUUACACGAACUGGAAAACUGGGCAACCUGAUAACUGGAGCCAUGGGCACGGGCCAGGAGAAGAUUGUGCUGGGUUGAUCUAUGCUGGGCUCUGGAAUGACUUCUACUGUGAAGACGUUAACAAUUUCAUUUGUGAAAAAGACAUGGACAAAGGGCAAAUAUUUGGAGUGUAACAGGCUGUGACUUAACAGAUAUCUACAUAUUAUGGAAAUUUACUCAAAGAAGAAAAUCCUGGGAGAGAGAGCAACAUUGCCUACCAAAAUUGAAAGGGGAAAAAACCCCCAAACAAACAAAAGCAAGAACUGAAAACUGGAUUAAAUGUAUAAAGGAAUUCAGCAGCAGCUCUUCUCCAGCAUCCUGCAAUUAUUCAAGGCCUUUCAACCCACAGCAUCAAGAAAUACCGUUGGACUAAUUCUGUUACAGAUUUUCUUCCCAGUAGCCACAUACAUAAGCAACUUGUGUUUUCUAAGAAAAGACAUUCUAUCAAUCUGAAUAAGACUAUUGGUCACUCAUAUAGAAAAACGUAUAAAGUAACUGUGUAAACAGUAUGUUUCGUUUGCUAAAUCCCAAAUGUAGGAAAAUUAUACAGAUACACGAAUAUAUAGAUUUUAUAUAAAUAUAUAUAUAUAGUCCAACUCUUAUCAAUAAUAUGGAAUAUACUUUUAAGAGCUUUUAAAACUUUGUAUUUUUGUACAAAAUAUUUGCUUUUUACAAUUGUUCUCUUUUUUACUGACUUUUUUUACAAAUAUAGUGCACAGGGGCCAAAGAAAACAAUAAAGGUACUAAUAAUUCAUUAAUUUUUUUGCUGGUUUGCUAUCAGGCCUAGCUCAGCUAUAGAGAAAUAUUUUUCCAUUUAAAAAUAUUUGUACUUUCCCAGAUGAUUUGUUCUGGUUAAAUAACUUUUAAAGCAGAUUUUAGGUAGUGUUUUCCGUAUUAUAUGCAGUCUAAUCUGCAUGUGUAACAAUUAAGUUGACUAAGAACUAGAUACUCAUUAUAGCUCUGAUCACAGCCAGUGUUCCAUUGGGGUAAUAUGCAAAGACCAUGGUAAUAAAAGGUUUUCCAUCCUGCCUGCCUGUCUUCUUUCCUGUCUGCCUGCUUUCCUACCUACCGGCCGUCUUGCCUUCCUGCCUUCCAUCUACUCAUGAGAAAAUGCCACUGAAGUACAUCACCAGCUCUUCAGAAUGAUUUUGAAAUGUUUUAAUUCCUUCUCCCUUCUCAUGAGGGAGGGCACUCAGGGAGGGAUACUGAGGGAGGGAUACACUGAUAGCACCCCAGUAGGUGCUACCCAUAUUGCAAGUCAAGCCCAGGUGAAGGAUUUGAUGAAAACAAUCAAAGGAGCUGCACAUGCUGAAAUAUGUUUCUUUUUAAGACAGAUUCCAAAAUGUAGUAAGAAAAACAUGCCGUACUCGGGAAAGUCUAAUCAGCUUCUCCAAAGUGCUUUGUAAAUCAAUCUCUCUGUUUUCUGGGCCACUACUUCUCUCCCAAACAAAGUAGACAAUAAAAUACACUGCAAAACAGAAAGCAGUGUGGCUAAUGGGAUGAUAUCAUUACCCAGCCAGUUUCCACCAUGGUCCCAUGAGGUCCCAUGCAGCUUAUCAGGAACUAAAAAAAAAUAUUAGGAACCAGUUCAUUAGUAGAAACCUUGGUUUUGGUUCCCAGUUUUUAUACUCUUUACAUGGCCAAACUCUAUAUCACAAAGGAAGUUGUUUUGGCUUCUUGGGAAGGAGAGUUGUUUUUCCAUUGCCUCCUGACCUGCCGUUUACCUUGGCUGAAUGCAGAUAAGUUUGUUGAAAUACGCCAGCUCUGUUGGAAAGAGAUAAGAUUUUUUACUUCUGAUUUUCAAAUACUGCUCCUAAGACCAACCAAUUACAGACUGUUGCUUUCCUACAUUCCAUACUCCCUCCACUGUUCAUUUGGCUUUUUAAUUUUAUCCAUAUUUUUAUUAAAGAAAAUAACAUGUUACAUUUGGGGGAUCUGUCCAUUAGCUAUUAGACAGGAACAACAUGAAAAUUGCAUAUGUUUAACUAAAAGUGAAAGAUCUGUGUGUCACAGCUGCAGAAACCAUGUGUCACCAUCUUGGAGGUAGGGCUUUUCUUCAGACAUUCUGAAUUUCCUGAGACUUCUCUGUUGGCUUUUACAUCAAGUCUUAGAGCAACGUGAUUCUGCUAUACAUCCUGUCAUGCUGUACCUAGUUGUGUGUAUAUACGCACUGUAAUGUUUAAAUAUUUAUACACAGUGUCUGUGGAGAUAAUGUUGAACUGCUUUUUGGGGAACAAGGUACUAAUACUUUGCAUGGCCAGAGAGCUUCGCACACCCUGGUGAGUGCAGCUUUGCAGAGAUACACUGAAUUAGAAGCACUGCUACUUUUGUUCUGAGUGUUGGCUUACUUAGGUGAAAUAAGUCCAUUCUGACCAUCUGCUAUGUUAAAUUACCUUCUUCCUGGUUUUUACUGAUGGGAUAGACUUCUGUCGACAAAAGAAGUUAAUGAGAAACCUCUGUGUAAGCCCCAGCUAUAUUGCUUCUUUGCCAUUUCAUUUGUCUGUUCCUUCAGCAACAGCAGUUGAUGGUGCAUAUUGAGAUGGUUCAAGAAUCAUCUAACAUUCUCCAGUCCCUCUAAAGAGGUUUUCUGCACAACAGUGAUCAACAGCUAUACCUGUACUUAUGGCUGCAUAAGGUUACAGAAUGGCCAUUGAUCAGUGAAACCUUCUUAAUCAGUUGGAAACUAGCACAGCAGCUAUGCUAAACUAUGGGUAGUUGGGAAGCAACCACUGAACCAAGACAGUUUAAAGGUGCAACAUGUUUAUGAAUUAAAUAUUAAUUUCAAAGUGAAUUUCAGUGCUGUAUUGUAACUAUCUAUAAUAAUGUUCUAAUUAUUCACCUUUAACUGAGAAACAUGUGCCUCUGCUCAAGCUCUCUGUUCACACAUUUGAAGCAAAGAGUGUAGCUGUAGAGUUGGCUGGAAAGCAAUGCUGUAGUUGCAUGUCUGGAGUGCCCAGUCAUCCUUAGAAUCUGGCUUGAGCAGCCAGGUGGGCUGAGACAGACCAUCCUUCUGACGCAGUAUUCCUGCAGGAGGGAAACAGAGGUAUCAAAUGGCAACAAAGAUUGAAAUCAUUGGGAGGACUGGGAGAGUGUUAAGACAGCUUCAAGAACCUGCCACACAAAGGAGAGAUUCUCAGAGAUGCAAACAAGACACCAGAAAGGGGCCUGGGAAACAUCCCCAUUAAAUCCACUUUCUGUAUGGUCUGAGCGAUAACACAGGUUGUAUGGAAAGUUUUAAGUUAUAGGAAAUUAUUUUGUCCCAGCUCAAGUUUUGGCUUUCUUUCUUAUGCACAAAUGCUGUAACUUGGCAUUCUGAGUACAUAUUUCCAUCGUCCUUUUUCUUGUUUUACAUCAAAUUAAAUGCAAUUUCAUAUACCCUGCCAAGCACUGGGACUGUUGCAAGAAGGGGAGGGGAAGGCAGACAGGGUGCAAAGUCACUGUGAUUUACAUCCAGUGCUGGAUUUCUUAAUGUCAUUUCUGACUUGCUUCAUUAAUUUAUUUGGAAACACCUUCAGCUGAUUAGAGCUUAUAAAUCUCAAACUUUCAUCCCCUUUGAUGUUUAUAAAUAAUAUGUGCAAACGUUUCAAUAAAGGAAGCAGAAAGUGGA